AUGGAAAUAACAUCAUUAUACGUUGGAUUAUAUUUUUUGGCUUUUUUAUUACAUUUAACAACAUGUAAAGUUGAAAACCAGAACGAUUGGAACGGAUCGAUAAAUAAUCAAUAUCAUAUACAAACCGAUGAAGGUGAUGAAAGAUAUUUUAAAUAUCAGACUAAAUCCGGACAAUAUAGAAAAGAAAAACGUUUACAAGAUGGUACGGUUAUCGGAACUUACGGGUGGAUUGACCCUAAUGGCUACCUACGACUUCGCGACUACGUUGCCGAUAAACAAGGAUACAGAAUAGUUAAAACAAAAUUAAUUUACGUAGGCGACAAAUCAAAAGAUGAAAUUCCAACCAAAAGUAUUAACGAAAAGUUUUUGUCUUCCGAGAAUGGGCCUCAAGAAGAAUUAAAUAAUAAUUAUAUUCCGAGACGCCCGAACGCCCACCACCCAUCUCAACUCGGCCAUGAAAAUUCAAAAGCUUCCGCACCUUUGUUGUACUCCUCCUCAAAGCCGCCUUUGGCUCAUAUCCUUACAGAUUCUUCCUCUGGCUCAUACAACGUACAACCACAAUCGGAUAUAACAUCCCAAUACGAAACAAAUAAUAAAUAUUCAAACGAUGAUUUCGGUAUCGCACAAGUUUCUUCGAGUCCUCUUUUAACAACAUCACCUUUUCGACCUUUGACGGUUUCUCCACUUCCUCCCUCCAAUUAUUAUUAUUCCGAUGAUUUAAACGAUAAUUUAUUUUUGAAAUCGACAAAUCCCGAAACCCUACAAGUAUUGGCUCCACCUCCUCCAAUUUAUUAUACGGCUCUUCCGAGCAAUUCCAGAGAAAUAAGAAGAAAUUUUAUAACAACCGAUAAUGUAAACAACAACAACAACAACAACAGAGGGUACGUAGGAAACGAUAAAGAGGAAGAAGAAUCUCCUCAACCAUACGAUGGUAUUUCAACGGUUGAAAAUGGUUUCCGAUAUUUUUUACCAAGACAUUAUCACGAAGAAACUCAAAGAAAAGACAAAGAAGAACGAGUGGGUAGUUUUGGUUAUAUUGAUCCUUUCGGUAUAAGACGAGUCAUUUAUUACAAUUCUUCACCUGGAAAAGGUUUCGUUCAUAAGAAAAAUAACAGAUACGUGGGUUUUUCAGCCACACCUUACGAUCCCAGGCCAAAAACUAAUAUUGAAAAACAUUAUUCGACAUUUUUUUUCGAAUGA